AUGACCGACUCGUGCUGCUGCUCCCCUUGCUGCCAGCCUACGUGCUGCAGGACCACCUGCUGCAGGACCACCUGCUGCAGGUGCGGCGGCGGCUGUGGACAAGUCGGCAGCGGGUCCAGCUGCUGCGGGUCCGGCUGCUGCCAGCCCAGCUGCUGCGGGUCCGGCUGCUGCCAGCCUUGCUGCUGCCACCCCACUUGCUGUCAGACCACCUGCUGCAGGACCACCUGCUGCCGGCCCAGCUGCUGUGAACCCAGCUGCUGUGGGUCCAGUGGCUGUGGACAAACUUGCUGUGGGUCCAGCUGCUGUCCGCCAGCCUGCUGUAGCCCCGUGUACUGCAGGAGAACCUGCUACUUCCCCACCUGCUGCUGCUUGCCUGGAUGCCUAGCCCAGGGCUGUGGAUCCAGCUGCUGCUAG